AUGGGAUGCACUUCGUCAAACACAGGCUACCUUCCACAACUCCACACUAAUGAACAAAAGAUUUGCAAAUGGGAAAAAAAGCUGGAUUUUCCCGCAAUCUCAGCUCAGACAAAAAUUAAUUUAAUUGCUUCCAAACAGGAAGCAAGGGGUCAUAUUUCAGAAAAAAAUCUCUCACUCCCCCCUUUAAAUUGGAUCAAAAAAUUUUGUUCUAAUUUAAAGGGGGUUAAGAAAAUUUUUGUUAAAAAAAAAAAAAUCAAUAUAAAAUUUUUUAUAAUUAUAAAAAAUUUAAAAAAAAAAAAUCAAAAUUUAUCGAAUUAGAUUAAUAACUUUGUUUAAUAAAAUGCUAUUUACUCUUUAUCCUUUAAAACGAAGCAAGAUAUAAUUAAAUUUUCAUUAUUAGUUAAUACGCCACUAUUAAUGUAUCAAAACUAUUUACACAAAAAUUAUUACUUUUAUUGAUAAAAAAAAAAUUAAAAACAUAAAAAUUUAGAAAGUUUAUCGAUUAAAGUGCUAAUUUUGUUUAAAUAAGAUGCUAUUUAUACUCUCCGUUCUUUAAAAUAAAGCAAGAAAUAAGUAAAUUUUCAAUUUUGUGUAAGAAAUUCGCAUUGAUUUAUAUCAAAAUUAUUUAAAUAGAAAAUAUCAUUUUUAUCAACAACAACAACAACAAAAAAUUUAGCAAUUAAGGAUAAUAAAUUUAAUUAAAUAGGAUGCUCCUUAUACUCUCUUCUUUAAACAAGAGCAAGAUAUAACUAAAUUUUUAAUUUUAGUUAAAAGAAACAUUUUAUAUCAAAACUUUUUACAUAAAAUUAUGAUUUUUAUAUAUAAAAUUUUUUAUUAUAAAAUUAAUUUUGUUUCAAUUUAAAGGGGGUUUAAUUUACCAAAAAAUGGAAAUUUUAGCUAUUGCAAUUUCCCAUGAUGACGCUGUUUUGGCCUAGAUUUUCCCACUUGGAAAAUCAAGACCAAAAUAGCGCCAUCCAUGGGAAAAUCCCAUAUAUUUUGUUCCAAUUUAAAAGGGGGAAGUCAGAAUAUUCUGAACUUUUUAAGUGUCCGCCAAAGUUUCGCAUAUUCAAGUCUGAAAAGGACAAUAUCAUAGAGAAUAUAUAUAAAAAAGAUAACCGCACAGAUCCAAAAAGAUUCAAAAUAUUGGUAAUUUUGCUUUCUAAAGGAACAGUAAAGCAGAAAGCAACUUUACUCCAUGACGUUCACCAAGUGUAUGGAGAGAACCUUCGAGCUCGAAACGUGGAAAUUCUGUUGCAAGACAUUGCCCAUGUUUCUAUCAGUCUUGUAUGAUCUGCAAUGGGCAAGAAAAUGGACCAAAUUCCUGAGGAUUUAUUACAUAACUAUGAAAGUAAAUUGCUUGAAGGGAAGCCGUUAUUCAUUGAAACCUCAAUGAAAUUGAUUUUGCAAGGCAGAGCUUUUAUUCCAAAGAGUGCCUUUAUUAAGCAAGUGGUCAAAUGCCCUAACUUGGUCAGUGCCUCAGGAGUUAGAGCUUUGAUAAUGAAAGAGUACAAUGAUUAUUACUUUCUAUUUAGCAAAAAUAAAGCUGUCAAGACAAUAGCAUCAACAUUGCCGACCGAAGAGGCCACCAGUUCUAUGAGUAAUAUAGGCCCAAGUCAAGAAUCCUCUCCAAGAACAGGCUUAAACAGUAUUGAUGCUACUCCUAGAAAAACAAUGAUACCAACAGCAAAUAUAAAUAGAAAUAGCUUAGCUAUCGCUAAAAGAAGCUUUAGUCUCAUGACUUCAAAUAAUUGAAAAAAUGAAGAAACCACAGCAAAACCUAAACUUAUAAGUGAAAAUAUACUUCUUAAGGAAAUUAAGAAUGAAGCUUUACUUUCUCUUAUGAUACCUGAAGAAGUAGACUCAAGUAACACAAGUAUGAUCGACAUCCAAUUAACCCCAGAUGAUACAAACGAGACCAACAACUCAAUCUUCGAACUAGAUGAGACCACAAUUCCUAACUCUAAUGAUAUGAUCACUCCUGAAACCUUAAAAAAUAACAAUACUCAGCAAGAAAUCGCCAUUACGAUAAGUGAGCCAUCUGAAAGCAUCAAUAUUUCAAAUGAGCAAUCUCAAAAUAUAAGGAUAUGCGAGUCGCCUGAAGGCAUCAAGAUUUUAAAUGAGAAUAAGGAGCAGUUUGAAUCAGUGAAGAUCGAACUUCCAAGCCAAUGGAACGUGGAAUCAUCUGAUAGAACAAAAAAUUCAUAUACCGCAACUGUUGUUGUGAGCAAAGAAAUGGUUGAGCAGGUCAAAGUAUUGGUAACCAAGAAGAUUAAGAGGAGAAGACCUGGGAAGAGUAUUGUUUAA